UUAGCGCCGCUCUUUCCAAACCUGUCAGAGGGCAAGAAUGGACGUCCACAGAAGCUCUUCUUGGUGGAUUAUCGUCCUUAUCUCGCUUUCCGCACUCAUAGAGGGCCGGUUAAUGCAGAACCGAGGCUCCACGGACAAAGCAAACCUAAACUUUCCUAGCAGCACUCAUGGAAACAUUCAGCCUCAGUUGGCUGCGGGCCAGCAAAGCGCCGGGCUCAGCGUGCGGCCUCGAGCCGUCUUGGUCCACUGCCACCCGGACUCGAUGCGGUUUGUGGUGCAGGCCGACAUGUUUGAGAAGGGCCUGCAGGUGGACCACAGACAUCUGCGCCUGGGACCGGGUUCAGUGAGUGAAGGAAGUGCAUGUGGAGCAGUCCCAUCAGGAGAGGCGGAAUACACCAUCCAGGCCUCCCUCGGGGAUUGUGGAACUAAACUCUCGUCUACAAAAGAGAAGAUUAUCUAUUCUAAUGUUCUGGUCUACUCUCCUGAACCUUCCCCUGAUGGUUUGCUUAGACUGGAUGGAGCAACUAUUCCAGUUGAAUGUCAUUAUGAAAAGAGGUAUUCUCUGGAUGCCAUCUCCCUGCUUCCCACCUGGGUUCCUUCUGUCUCCACGAUCUCAGCAGAAGAUCAGAUAGACUUCAAUAUUCUACUGAUGACUGGUGAUUGGCAGUUUGAGAGGGGAUCUUAUUCGUACUUCUUGGGUGACACUAUUAAUUUUCACGUUUCUGCCUUCAUGGGUAACCACAUGCCCCUGCGAGUCUAUGUGGACCAUUGUGUUGCCACAGCAACUCCCGAUGCAGAGGAUACAUUAAGAUAUGACUUUAUCGAGCAUUAUGGAUGUCUAACUGAUGCUUACCAGACUAACUCAAAGUCACACUUCCUACCAAGAGUUGAAGAGAAUCAGCUUAGGUUUCAGGUUGAGGCCUUCAGGUUCUACCAGGCACCCAGCAAUCAGGUCUAUAUAACCUGCUACGUGAAGGCUGUUCCAGCUGUGCUAGCCGUCAACUCUCAAAAUAGGGCCUGCUCUGUAAUUGAGAACAGAUGGAGGUCAGUUGAUGGGAACGACCAGGUGUGUAAAAGCUGUGAUGUCACCCAUGGGGUGGAGGAGCCUCUGGCAACAGAACCCCCUAAGACUAUCGUCAGCACCAAAGCAUGGCCCACCGAGACUUGGCAGAGGCGUUUAGUCCAGAACAAUCCAGAGGAACCCGAAGCACAUUUUUUCCGUGUUCGUCCAGGAAGUCAACACAACAAACAACAGCAAUCCUCUGCUCGAUUGAUGAAAAGAGGAGCAGAGUACAAAGCAGAGCGAAGUAUCCUGUUGGGACCCAUUACUGUCUUCCCAUCAAACAAAUUUGACAAAAAGCCAUCAGACUCUAAAACAGUACUUUCACCAAAGAGCCGGACCUCCUGAACGCUGACUUGUGCAGGAUUAAAACAUUUUGGACAGAACACAACUCAUACAGGGGUAUCAUUCUUAAUACCAUCUCAUAAGGUUAUUUGAGUACUUUUCACAUUUCCAAUUACUGUUAUAGUUCAAAUAUUUUCUGUAAAAACAAUUCCGAAUAAACAUUUAACUUUAACUUGGCUUUUUUUAACCUG